AUGAAUCAAGCAGUAGCAGAGCAUGUUGAACAACAUCAAGUUGGUAUACCAAGACAGAAUCUACUGGAAAACGAUGUCUACCAACAGUUCCUCAGUGAUGACUUUAACGUCACGGCGUACACCAGCAAUGUUCUCAAGAUAUCAUCCAUUCAGACGUCACUCGAGAAGCUGACCAUGGGCAAGAAGGAUAUCACACAAGAGCUAAAUGAUAGUAUCACAGGCAACUAUCAACACCUAUUCAAUCAGGCAUCCAACAUCAAGGACUUUGACAAGGAGACAGAGGCACUGAAACAGGGUCUGUUAAGUCUGGAGCAGUCAAUCAUGAGGAUGAGAAAGGAGAUAUCAGAGCCAUACAUGAACAUCAAGUCUCAGAUUACACAGUUGCGAAGAGUACAAGACACAUGUGAGAUGUUGAGAGUGGUCAUUCGAUAUCUAUCACUGGUCAAGAAGCUAAAGAUUCAUUUGAAAGAGGAUACAUUGAGGAAGGAGAGCAACCUAACUGGAAUAGCAAUCAUUGAUACACAGGUUCAAUGGGUCAAUCAAUGUAGAGAGCAGAUCAUUACAACUGCAUCCAACUUGUUGUUACAAUCAAUGGACAAUCAGAAUCAGAGUGAGGUGGCCAGUGCAUUGCAAGUGUUCUACAACUUGGGCAUCCUGGUAGAUCGUGUCAACUCUGUGGUCAACGCCACCACUGAGCGUCUGACCAAGAGCAUUAAGGCAAUGCUCAACGUAAACAAACUGGUUGGAAACCAGCAGACUGUGGAACGCAUCGACCAGUCGAUAUGGAGCAAGAUUGAGUCUGUCACUGAUAGUCUCUACACCAGCUGCAUUCAAAUAUGGCAGCUUCAGAGGGUAUUGACCAAGAUCAGAGAUCCUCUCACAAACAAGUCAUUGAUGGAUAUCAUAAAGACUACUGGAGGACAAGACAACAUAUCACAUGCAUUCUGGAAGAAUGCUACAAAGGUGUUGGAGACCAACUUGACUGUGGCUGCUAAAUCCUCCAAUGUAAUUGAGAACACAUUCAUCCUAGAGUAUCCAAAGAUAUCCAGAUACUUCUAUGACUUUUCAAGAAGGCUACAAAACUAUUGUGAUCUACAACAAGGUGUAGUUGGUAUAAGUUUGGAUGAUCACCAACUAUUGUUCAAGACCAUCUCAAUGUUUGAGAAAGGUUACUUGGAGAGAUCAAGACACAAUAUGCUUUCAAUAAUGAACGUAAUGUUUCCCCAAUCGGCUUGGGGACGUGGUUCAUCACCAUCAAGCGUACCAACAAGCAAGCAAAUGGUCGAUCUGUCAAAGUCAAUAUGGGCAGAGAUCGAGGUGAUUGAGAGCGACAAGGUACUGGUCAACAAGGUGACCAAAGUGGUCAGUGCAGUGAUCGAACUGUUUGCCACAAAGAUGGAGGCAAUGAUCCAACAAGGUCAACAGGCUUGUGAAAUCAUCAUUGACAACAAGCCAACCUCUGGACAGAUCAUCAACUGCUCCCUCUUCAAUUCAGCAACGCAUCUCCAAAACUCUCUUCAAUCCCUUCUCUCCUCUCACUCACUGCCCACAACAACGGCAGAGCUGCUAGACAAGUCAAUCAUGCUGCUCAGCGGCAUAUGCACCAACAUUCUUACACCUCUAAUCACAACAUUCCUUCAAGGCGCCGAGCAGAUUGUAUCGACCAUCCACUUUGAGGACUGGAGCAACGACAACAAUAUCUCUUCAACCAAGCAAUGCUCAUCUUUUAUGGACAACCUUCAACAGUACGUUUUCCACUUCAACUCCAACUUUCUCUCAAAGUUUACACCGUGUCCGAUCCUGGCACAACAAUGCAAGCAUCUGGUCUCUCGCCUAUUCACAUUGUUCAUUCGCCACGCUUCAUUGCUGAAACCAAUGAACGAGAAGGGCAAGCUGAGGCUCGCCAAUGACCUGACACAUUUGGAGCUGUCAGUGACCCCCUUGAUACCAGAAGGAAUCAAAGAGGUGGGCCAACCAUAUCAUUGGGUCAGAACAUUUAAACAUUUCAUCUUUAAGGACCUGACACAGCAGUCCACUCUUAAAGGUUUGACCGAAAUGCAUAGCAUGCCAGCAAUCAUAAUGGCUCACUGCUUAAUUGCCAGAGGACCAAAGGAGAUGAUAUUCCCUCACGUGUUUACCAAUUGGAGCACCCAGCAAUAUGUUCGUUGGAUGGAGGAGCACACAGAAACCGAGGCACUGCAUCUUGUACGAAUGGCACUGGAUGCCUACACACAGACCAUCAACAAGCGAGGAGAAAAAGAGUUCUCCUAUCUUUAUCCACUGCUACAUGAUUUGAUCACUAUUAAUGGUGUCAAGUAG